AUGGUACCAAGCCAUCUUGAGGAUGUUGACAUUCACGAGAUCCCACAACUCUACCCAACACAAAGACUCACAGUUGGCGGCGAGACACUAGAGGCGGUGGACAUGGCAACUCUAGAGGAUGGGAAGUGGAUAAACGACAAGGUCAUCAACUCCUUCUUGGCACUGAAAAAGAUGGAGCAGAACACAUCAGAAUCAAACAGACACAUUUAUGUCCUUCCCUCGUACACAGCCGUUCAAUGGGAUCAAGGUCACCUGGAUCACUGGAUGUUUAAGAAGGUUCAGUUCUCCAAAUACACUCAUGUAUUCCUGCCAAUAUGCAUCAAUGGGAAUCACUGGGUGUUGCUGGUUGCAGACGUAAAGCAAAGACUUGUCUACGUUCUGGACUCUAUGAAUGGGGAGGUUGGUCAGAAAUGGACAGGAUGUGGGGCAGAAUUCAUGGCCAAUCGGGACAGACUUCCAGAUGUACUGAACAGUUUGGUGUGUGGAACUUCCCGAGAAUCAGAAGCCGCAACAGACCGACAGUAA